GUGGUGUACUGCUGCGUCAUCGUCAAACACAUUGGAAAACGGGUUGAAAACGGUUCCACCAGCCGUAGUUAGGGGUUGGUUUUAAAGUAGAUACCGUUGCAAAGAAAAGCAAACGAGCUAAACGGAGAUAACGAUUGGUGACAGCCUGGAGGGACCGAGAGAUCGGCCGAUCGUGGACUGCGGGCUGUGGGCUGCGGGAAGCAGGCACGGGCCAGCCAGUCCACCACUAAACAAAACAUGGACGCCAUGGAAAUAAAUACGUCCGAUUCGACACAAAACGAAGAGGAGAGCAUCGUAUCGACGGUAGAAAUAUGCCGUGUUUGUCUUCUUGGUAAUCUGGUGAUGCGAGACUUGUUUCUGGAAAGUGAGGUUGCUUCCCUUUCGGCAAAGGCGAUGAGUUUCGCUAAUGUUAAGAUGUUACCUGGGGAUGGCUUACCAACGCGCGUCUGCUGUAUAUGCGCGGACAAACUCGAAUCCGCGUACGAAUUUAAGCUACAGGUGGAACAAGCGGACACCGUUCUCAGAGAAAGAUUCGUUACGAUGAACAUCAAGGAAGAACUGUUUUUCGACGAAGUUGAAGUACACUUGGAGGCGGCAGGUAGAAACGAGAAUAUAAGUGAAAUGCACGUGGAGAAUGAUUAUCAAAAUACCGCUGAAACUCUGACGUCGAUGUCUCCGGAAGAGAAGUCGUCGCUUUUGAAGGACCAAUUGGCAUUGUUGCAAGUGGAAAAGUUAGCUGAACAGGAACAAGCUAUAAGAGAACAGAACGAUGGAUCUGUAAUAGAAGAAGUGAUAGAUGAAACCAUUUCUACAGACCACACAACUGAACAUUGUGUAAACCACGAUGAAUUGGAUAUUAAAGAUAUGAUGGUAGACAGCUCCACCAAGGACCAACAGAUGCAGUUAAGACACGAAUGUCAGAAUAAUAGUUGUCUGGAAAGUAUCCCAACGGUGGAACAUGAUUACAUAUUACACCAGGAAUGUAUAUUAUCCAAUGAUUGUGAGCAACAACAGGAACAGCAGGAACAAGAGGUAGAACAGGAAGAAGAGGAGCAGCAGCACAAGCAUCACCAACUUACAGACGAAGGAUCCUUUCAACGCGAAGAUUGUGCAGAAUACGUAAAUCUGUUGGUAAAAGCGGCCGAUGCUACUACGAAUCAAGAAGAAGGUGAAGAUGAAAUGGAAAAAUCGAAUAUUACGAUUAUGGAUGUUAAGUCGGAACGAGAGUCUCACUGUCAAAAUGAAACAAGGCGAAGUAAACGUAGAUCAGUCCGGCGAAACUUGGAAACGAAACGAGACUCCGACGAGGAAAAUUAUUUUGAGAAUUUGAAUUUAAGCUCGAGACUGAAGAAAGCUCAGGCAUCCGAUAAACCCGAGAAAAUUUUCUUUCUUUGCUAUUUAUGCGACAAGGAAUUUUUAUCGAAGAACGUUUUGAAGGAGCACAUGUAUUCUCACGAAGAAGUUAGAAAGACAUUGUCUUUGAAGAAAACGCUAGAGACGCCGCAAAAGGUUGCCUGUAAUCCCACAAAGUCCCCACCAUCCGGUAAAAGAUCGAACAAAUGUCCUUAUUGCGGCAAACAGUAUAUAUACAUCAUUUCAUUCAGUAAACAUUUGAAGAAACACGAGAGAGAAAAGGAGGAGGGAAAGGAACAACCAAUGCCGUUAGAAAUUUCAUUCCAUGAAGAUGAGCACAGUUUAGAUCUUGACGAUUACGAAGACGCACGUCGACAUAUGGAUGCUGAAUGUCGAAAGAGAGUGAAACAAAAAAGAGAAAGCAUCGGCUGUGGAGUAAGAACGGUGAUAGAAGAAGGCGUAGAGCAUGAGAUGGAAGAGGAACAGGCCGGGGAUGAGAAUGAGAAUGAGGAGGAGGAGGAGGAGGAGGAGGAGGAGGAGGAACAGGAAGAGGAAGGAAGGAUGAUGGAAGCUGAAAGAAGCGGCGGCAGCGGUGAGUUUGCCGAUGCUGACGGUAAUGACGACGACGAUGACGACGACGACGACGACGACGAUGAUGACGACGACGACGACGACGACGACCAUGACAAUAACAGUAACGACAACGACAACAACGACGACGAUGACAACGAUGGUAUUCAGCAAGAUCGAGAGCCAACAGGUUCCAAAAUGGUAAACGACGACGACGACGACGACGACGACGACGACGAUGACGACGACGGUGGUGGUCAAGAUGGCAAUUCGAACAGAGAAGGGGAACAGGAGUGUCGCGUUAUUCGUAUGGAAACGUAUGCGUGUGAUAAGUGCUCGGAGAAAUUUUAUUCGAAACGUGGUUUGCGAAAACACGCUAUUUCACAUGCUGCUCUCAGAUGCAACGUAUGCGAAGAAGAAUUCGAUUCGUUGGAGAAAUUAAGAAAUCAUCGAGCAAAACACGUGGUCGAAGGUGUAUUAACCGAGCAAGAUCUCGAAAUGGAUACAGAAUGCGGCGGGGGGCUGAUUAACAAAGAAAUGACAAAUGAUUACGGCGACGAGAUGGCAGGAAAGGAAAGAGAGGAAAUGAAUCGGGAAAUGGAAAACGAAGAAGAAGCACUGACAAGAGCAGCAGCGGCAGCAGGAUUGUUGGGGACAGUUUGGGAGGGGGAGGAGGAGGAGGAGGAGGAGGAGGAUCGAAGAAAAUCGACAGGUAGAAACACGGAGGUGCAUCAUCGCCAUCAUCAUCAUCAUUAUCAUCAUCAUUCGGGGAUCAGUUACAGUUGCAAGGUGUGUUGUCAACGGUUCGCAACCAAGGAUCUAUUGCAGAGGCACACGGAACAACAGCACGAACGCAGCGUGAAAACUUACAAAUGCACGCAAUGCGGUAAAACGUUCGGUAACGAACUUACUUUGCGCAAUCACUUGAUAGCCACUAAUCAUAAAACUUUCGUCCACGGGCAAGAAUACGAUCCUAAUAAACGUAUUAAACGGGUGGCCGCGAAAGCAGCCCAGAAAAUCAUCGACAAAAUCAAAACCGAAGAUGGUUUGGAAGAUUACGACGAGGAGGAGGAUAAUAACGAUAAGAUCGGUCGUGGUACGUAUACGGAUGGGAAUUACGGUCGGAACAAGCGAGAUACGUCCUCGCAGAAGAAACAUAAUUACAAGAAGGAACUAGAAUGCGUGAGUUGCAAUAAACGGUGCAGCUCGAAACAAUCGUUGACCAAGCAUAUGGAACAACACGUGAAGGACGAGCAACAACGAACGGUGAAAUCGGAUAAGCAAAAGCAAUCGACGGAGAAAAAGGACCGACAAAGAAACUGUGCGAACGAGGAGGCGGCGGCGGACAACCUGGACAAUAGGGACGACGACUUCGACUCGGAUUUCGAGAGUGGUUUGGACUGGCCGAUGGACAAUCACGAGUGUGCAAAGUGUAAGAAACGAUACAGCACGAAAAAGUCGUUGUUGCGACAUCAGUUGUUGCACGAAGAACCAAACUUCGAGUGUGACAUUUGCAACGUCAAGUUCUAUCGUAAGGACAAACUGAAGGCUCAUUACGACAAGUGUUCGGAGAAGAAUCCCGAUCAAGUGAGAAAGUGCAAUAUCUGUGGGGAUAGUUUCGAGAACAACGAGAUCCUGCGGGAACAUAGAUCGAAACACGUUACCGAAGGUAUACUCACGGAGGAAGACUUGAGAGACAUCGAGCCGCGACCCGAGGAGAAGAAGCCGGGCGAGAAGAUUGGUAGGAAAAGGAGAACCGACAUCGUAGGUUUGGAAUGUACCGAGUGUAACAAACAGUACACGUCGAGGAAGGGGCUUUUACGGCAUAUUCAAGUUCACGAAGGGAAAAAGUAUCUGUGCGACAUAUGCCCGAAGAAGUUCUACCGAAGGGAGCACUUGAAGAUACACGUGGCUAAGCACAACAUGAUCAAACCGUACAAGUGCACGCGGUGCACCAAGCGUUUCAUUAAAGAGGAACAAUUGACGAAUCAUUUAUCGAAACACGACCGAACGUUUAAGAAGAACAAAGAAACCGACAGCUCGAAGAGAUUCCUCUGCGAGAUAUGCUCCAAGAGUUUCACCCAAUCGACCACGUUGAUCGCCCACCUUAGGGCGCACAACGGCAUCAAGCCGUACGUAUGCGAGGUUUGUUCGCGACCGUUCACAACGAACGCCUAUUUGAAAAUGCAUAUGCGCACACAUACGCAAGAACGGCCGUACAUCUGUCAGUACUGUUCAAGGGCAUUCGCCAGAGCGGACACGCUAGCCAAUCACUUGACUUCGCAUACCGGCGAAGCCAAGUAUCAUUGCAAGUAUUGCCCGAAGAAUUUCCGUCGCCUCAAAUCCCUCAAGGAGCACGUGUUCAUUCAUACCGGUCAAAGACCUUACGCUUGUCCAACCUGUGAUCGACGUUUCAACAAUAACGGAAGUAGAUACGCUCAUAGUAAAAGGUGCAAACAGAAUUUCGUACAGAAUCAGAAUCGUGCUCAAACAUUGACAGCGCAUGUGCAACCGGUUCAAAAUCAACAAAGAGUGUUACAACAAGCCACUCUUGCACAAGGUCAAAUAGUUAAGGCACAAAAUAUUAAAACCAUUACCAUUACAAGACAACCUGAUGCAGUCGCUACUCAACAAACGGUUAUGCAACAUCAAGAGAUAUUAAUGCCCCUGAUCCUUCCUCUCACAGUCACCCUCGCCGAUGUUGGCGAAGAAGUAAUAUUACCAGAAGGAACCAAAAUAUUCACUACGUCUUAAAUCGAACCAUACACACACACGCGCGCGCUCACUUGUGCGAAUUUUUCUUUCACGUCUAUUCGUAAAAGCGAAAUUGCCCUUUGUAAUCGCAAAAGAGAAUCACGACGGUGUAAUCUUGAGAGGAACGGCGGCAAGGGUAAAAAAAAAAGCAACAAAGAUAGUGCUUUUAACUUUGUAUUAUACGUUGUAUAUCUCUGUUUAUAUUUAAAUACUUUGGUGAAGCCACCGUAAGCUAUAUGGGGAUUAUUCGGUAGAGUUGUUUAGAAAAUGAAAAAUUGGAAAAAAAAAGAAAAGAAAAAUCGGUCAAAUGGACGAAAGUCUUUGUUUACACGUUCUAGAAAAAAUAUAAAAUCCCCCCCUUCGCCCGAAAGUAGCGUAUAUUUCUGAACGGCGACCUUUCUUCUAAUUAGAGGUCGAGUAUUAUAUUAAAUGAACAAAACGUACCCCGUGUCAUAGUCUCGAACCAUUUUGUGUGUGUCUUUCCGCGUCCGAUUUCACGUUUGAAAAGCAAGUAGCCGUCGUUAACCUGCAGACACACAAGUGUGUAUGAUAUAAAUAAAUGCAUACAUACCCAUGGAUACAAAGAUAGUACGGGAAUACUCCAUGGUAUAAUCUUCUCUUCGCCCCCCGCC